AUGCUGUACCAGAACGGUUUUUUGAAAGAAGGCGCAGUGGUGGUGAGUCAGCCGCGCCGCGUCGCCGCGAUCAACCUGGCUCGUCGCGUGGCCGAGGAAUUAGACGUCGAAUUCGGCAAGGAGGUGGGCUACACAAUCCGAUUCGACGACUUCUCGGACACCUCCACCAAAAUCCGCUACAUCACCGACGGCUGUCUGGUCAAAGAGCUCAUCAGCGACCCCACUCUCUCCAGAUAUAGUGUUAUCAUGCUCGACGAGGCCCAUGAGCGGAGCAUCAAUUCCGACAUCCUCUUCGGUCUCUGCAAGCGUCUGCUCGCGCAGCGCCCCUCCCUGCGUCUGCUCAUCUCCUCCGCCACCCUCGACAUUUCCCAUUUCCAGCAGUUCUACCCGGGCUCCGUCGCUCUCUCCAUUCCCGGCCGCCUGUUUCCAGUCGCGGUUUUUCACAGCAAAUCCGCGCUCGCCGAGUCGCAGGACGAAGCCAUCGACCGCUCUCUCCGCGCCUUGCAGCAGAUCCACCGCCGCGAGCCGGGGCACGUGCUUCUCUUCCUCCCGGGGCAGUUCGAGAUCGAAAAAGCCGCCAAAAUCGUCGAGGACUGGUACCAAGCCGAGCUCCGAAACGACCCUUCAUUCCCGCGGUUGGUCGUCCUGCCGCUCUACGCGGCGCUCCCCGCGGAACAGCAAGCGCGAGCGUUUCGCGCGGCGAGUCCGGGCACGCGGAAGGUUGUAAUCGCGACGAACAUCGCGGAGACCUCGGUGACAAUUCCGGGGAUUCGGUACGUGAUCGACCCUGGUUUUUCGCGGGAAAAGAGCUUUGACCCGCGGACGGGAAUGGACUCGCUGGAGACGACGCGGAUUUCCCGCGGGGCGGCGCAGCAGCGCGCGGGCCGCGCGGGGCGGACGGGUCCGGGGAAGUGUUUCCGGCUGUACAGCAGCGCGGAGUACGCGCGGAUGCGGGAGAGCGCGGAGCCGGAGAUUCGGCGCGCGUCGCUGGUGAGCACGAUGCUGUAUCUGAAGGUGCUGGGCAUCGACGACGUGCUGGCGUUCGAGUAUCUCGACGCGCCCGCGCCCGAAGCGAUCUCUCUCGCGUUAAAACAACUGCUCAUCGUGGGCGCGCUCGACGACGCCGGUCGCGUCACGCCGCUGGGCAGACGCCUCUCCGCGCUGCCGCUGGACCCGCAGCUGGGCAAGACGCUGCUGCUGGCGUGCGAGGAGGGCUGCGCCGACGAAGCCAUCGCUAUGAGCGCCAUGCUGAGCGUCGAGAAGGUCUUUCACGCGAUUGCCCCGCGGGAAAGGGCGUCCGAGCGCGCGCAGAGGAUCGCGCGGCGGCAGAAGCGGCUGAGCUCGGAGCUGGGCGAUCAUUUCACGUUUCUGAACGUGUUCAUGAAGUUCAAAACCCGAUCACACGGACGAGCCUGGUGCGACGACCACGGCGUUCAUUACCAGUCCAUGCGGACGGCGCUCUCGAUCUAUCGGCAGCUGGGCGACGCGCUGCGAGCCGGCGGAAUGGACGUGGAAAAACGCGCGGGAGACGUGAUUGCCGCGCUGCAGAAAGUGCUGGUGGAGGGCUCGUCGCUGACGCUGGCGCGGAAGUGCAGGAACGAUGUGUAUCGAACGCUGAUCGAUGUGUUCGAGAACGAAGGAACCAGGAUUGGAGAGAUCCAUCCAUCAUCAUCAUUGGUGUGGAACGAUAACUACCCGCAAUACAUCGUGUAUCAAGAGCUGGUGGCGAGUACGCGGAGCUAUUAUCGGAAUUGCUGCGAGGUUCGCGAGGAAGACGUCGUGGAAGUGCUGAAGCGAAUUAAGGCGAUGAAGAACGUCAAACUGAGCGGAGGCAGCGAGCUGGUCUUUUACAAGAGCAAUGGGGAGAAGAUUGAGACCGAUCGGGAAGUGGAGAAAACGAAGGUCGAGACGGAGAAGGCGACGAAGUCGAUGCUGACGGAAAGUCGGUUUGAAAGGAUGUGGGUGAGGCGUAGGUGA